CAAAAGACAAACUAGCAAGUUGAUGAAUAACGCCAUUUCUCACUUGUCAUUGUUCUAUGAUGCUGCUCACAGGAGCCGACACGGUACAGAGUUUGAGUUUUAUUGGGAAACAAAUUUCUUCAUUUCUAAACCAUUGUAUUUGUUCCUUUUGUUGUAAGUCGGUGCAUUGAGAUUGCUUCAGGAACAAUGGGCGGAGAUGAAAAUGGCUUGAGAAUUCAAGUGGUAGUGGUGCCACUCCCCUUACAGGGACACCUCAAUCAGCUCCUCCAUUUUUCCAGAGUUAUCGCCCAACGAGGAGCAACCGUAUCCUUCGUGGCCACCUCCGCCCAUAUUCACCAAGUCCGCCGCCGUGUUCAGGGAUGGGAUCUUCACAACUUCGAUAUUCGCUUCAAGGAAUUGCCCAUGCCUCAUCUCCCAGCUGAAGAGAUUGAUGCUCAGAGCUCUCUUAUGUUUCCGUUUCAUUUGAUUCCUCUGUUUGAAGCCGUGGAGUAUCAGCUAGGGUCGCAUGUUGAUCAGAUUCUGGGCACUAUCUGCUCCGAGAACAAUAAUAGAGUGGUUAUAGUCCACGACUCGAUUAUGGGAUGGAUUCAGACUCUGGCUAAAAAACAUUCAGUCCCUGCCUAUAUCUUCAGCUGCAUUGGCGCUUAUUAUAGGCUAUGGAUGAAGCGGGUAAGUGAUCAGACAUGGGGUUUGUCCCCUCUUAACAUAUCAUUGAAGCGUUGCUUUCCGGAAAGAUUGCUCAAAUAUGCUAUGCGCCAAAGGUCUCUGUUAGAGCCUGCCAAGGGAUAUAUCAUAAACACAUUCAGCACACUGGAAUCAGAAUUCGUUCACCAGGGAAGAGAGGAAUUAAUCUACAGUGGGAAGCCUGUGUGGAGCGUGGGUCCUCUUCUUCCGCAGGCCUUCUUCAAUGAUGAACGGCGGUUGCAAUUACAGGCGGACACAGAAUGCGUGAUAUGGUUAGAUAGACAGGCUCCGGCGUCCGUUCUCUAUGUUUCAUUUGGUAGUAUAUCUUCUCUUUCGGCGACACAGAUUGGAGAAUUGGCCGACGGAUUGGAACGCAGCGGUCAACCUUUCUUGUGGGUGCUCAGGAUUUCCGACGGGGCCCACUCCUCGACAGAGGAGCAGUUCGAUUCGGCUUGCAAGUUUCUAAAACAGGGGUACGAGAAGCGAUUAGAGGGACGGGGUUUUAUUGUGAGGAAUUGGGCGCCUCAGCUUGACAUCUUAUUUCACAAGUCGACCGGUGGGUUUUUAACGCACUGUGGAUGGAAUUCGACAGUGGAGAGCAUCAGCGCCGGAGUGGGCAUGCUGACGUGGCCUCUACAUUCCGAUCAGUUUGCCAAUUCGGCCCUGAUCACUGGGGAGUUGAAAGCGGGCGUGGAAGUGAAAGAAUGGGGAAAUGCGGAGGAAAAUGAGACUGUGAGUGCGGAGGAGGUUGAGAAAGCAGUGAAGCGAUUGAUGAGGAGUGAGGAGGGAAUGCAAGUGAGAAAGAGGGUGCAGGAAUUGAAAGGCGAGGCUCGAAAGGCCGUAGGCGAUGGAGGGUCUUCGUGUAAAGAUAUGGAUUCUCUUCUCCAUCACUUUUCUCAGUCAAUUUCUUAUUAGAGUAGGCAACCGGCCAGCCUGCUUAGAGAGCGUACGUCCGGCCACUUCGACGGUGAUAGAAAAUCUAGGGUCCAUAAUUCUCACUAUUAAUCUGUCACUUAAUGUCUAUAGUAGUCACUUAAUGUCUAUAGUAGAGAUUUUGUCAUUGAAA